AAGGUGCUGUCAAACCUCAUCAUUUACCAGCUCAGCCUCUUACCGAUAAAAAUGUUGGAUUUAUGCCAAGUUGGUACGGGAGCAAUAUAAAAGAGACGCAGUUGUUGCUUUUGCAUCAGACUGAUAUAAUAAUAUUCUGUACACUAGAACUAGCACAGAAUCAAGUCAUGCGGCUGUUGCUGAUAUUAGCGUUGUCCUCGCUGGUCCACUCGGCUCCUAUCAUUAACACGUCCCUGCCACUGGACUGUGAAGAUGUUUACAACCUAAAGAUAGGAGAAAUGAAUGGCACCUCUGUUCCCAAUGGAGUGUACACCAUUUACCCAGGAGGGUCUAAUAAUCCUCUGGAGGUGUACUGUGAUAUGGGCUGCCAGGAAGAUGGUAGCCACCAGGAUGAGAAGUGGACAGUGAUUCAGAGGAGAAUCAACGGCAGUGUGAGUUUCUAUCUGCCAUGGGCACAGUAUAAGGAAGGGUUUGGUGAUCCCGCUGGUGAAUACUGGCUAGGACUGGAGAACAUGUACAUUAUGACCAACACGGAGAAGUAUCAGUUGAGAGUGGACAUGGAGGAUUUUGAGAAAGGCAGUGCCUAUGCCCAGUACACUAUAUUCUCUGUCAACCAAGAGUCCACUAACUACAUGCUGAAUAUCGGAGGCUACAUCAAUGGAGGAGCAGGUGAUUCUUUGUCCUAUGUGAAUGGAAGAGGUUUUUCAACCUUUGACAAAGAUCCAACAGGAAACUGUGCAGAGACUUAUUCUGGAGGAUUCUGGUACUACUGGGGGUACUACUGGUACUGGUCACAAUGCCACUAUGCCAACCCCAAUGGCCUGUACAAAUACAAUAAUGUGUAUGGCACACCAUACACAGGGAUCAUGUGGCAGACCUGGAAAGGUUACUACUCUCUGAAGACCAUCGUGAUGAAGAUCAGACGAACAAAUCUGGAAGAUCUCUGAACCCCUUAGUUUUCCAGAUCUAGAAAGAUAGACAAGUAGAAUAGAGAGAAAGGCUAAAAUCUCUGUAUGCUGCUGGUGGUGGAUUUUCAGUAAAAUGUCAAGAUCUACAUAUCCAUUAAUCCUAAUCUUUAAUAUUAGGUUUAUCCUGUGGUACAUACCCCUUUAAUGUCCCUCAAUCUCUGCUGUAUUAGUUUUCUUUAGGUAACAAUGUCUUACUUACUUUGUACCUCUUAUAAUAAAAAGUAAAUGAAAGUCCAAUGAAAAUCCAAUAUAUUGUGAUUGAAAUAAAGAUUGAGCAAAUGAAGUCUGA